GAAAACGCAAAUAAUGAGAAAGCAAGAGCAAGUGGGGGGAGGCGUUGGCUGAUGAAUCUCCUCAUUUUUUAAACACCAAAAUGGAAUUCAACAAUGACACAAAAGACAAGCAUAAGAAGAAGAAGAAGGUCCCUUUUUCAAUCUUGUACAAGCAUGAAAAGGGAAGCCUCAUCCUCAUCCUCAUCCUCAUCCUCAUCCUCAUCCUCAUGCUCCUCCCGCGCAGUUCUCUCAAUACUCGCCACCAUCAUUCUCCUAUUCCAACCAACUUGUCUCGCUAAGCACCACCAACCACCAUGUCCACCAUCUUCCUGCGGCAAAAUCCACAACAUAUCUCACCCAUUUCGUCUCACAACCGACCCACCCCACUGCGGAGACCAAAGGUACCAACUAGAUUGCGAAAACAACAACACAACACUGUCGUUAACAUUCUCCUUCGGAAAAUUCUUAGUCCACAACAUCGAUUACAAUAGAUUCAAACUUCGAUUAACUGAUGCCAGCGCGGCGGAGAACAACGACUCCACCGCCUCCACCGCCGCCGCUAAUUGCUCCUCCUACAACAUCCCUCGCUAUUUCCUAUACGAUCGCAGCUUCAUCGAACGCAGUAUCACCGAGCUCGUUGGCCCUGAUGAUUUCGGAUCUGACCCGUUUAUUCUAGACUCAUCCUUCGAUCGCAUAGCGUAUUUCAACUGUUCCGAUCCAAUCCAAGAUUCCAGAUACGUGAGUGUUGACCGCUGUGGGACUGGAAGAGGGUAUGUGUAUGCGGUUAUGGAACCGUCGUUGUAUGAGUACCGUGUGAGAGAUAUCAAGGUUGGGUGUACUCUUGUGGCGGCUACGUUGGGUAGUAGGAGCAUUCAGGGGAUUGGAAAUGGGAAUGGGAAUGUUUCUUAUGGUGAGAUCCAUGGGGUGAUAAUGGAAGGGUUUGAGGUGUCGUGGUUGCCUGUGGUUUGUGAAGAUCGGUGUGGAAAAGGGACUAAAUGUGAGGUUGUUGAUGAAUCAAGUGGAGAAGUUCAAUGUGAUAGGCACUAUUGUCAUUACGCAUACAAGACAACCGAUAAGUGUGGCCUUCCGCUAAAGAUCCUUGGUUAUACUCGAGCUUAUCUUAGAGGCAUUGUCAUUGGUUUUCGCAGCAGAAUAACAUUCAGCACAAAACAAUUGGACAACCCCGUUGGACUGGAAUACUUCGAUGGAGGAAUAUACAUAGGACGAACUGUUCUGCCAUCGCUCUUGGCAGCUAGAUAUGCGCUUGGAGUUACAAUUGUGCUGGUGCUAUUCAUCUAUAGAUGGCGCCGAAGACAUUUAUCAGUGUAUGAAAACAUUGAAAACUUUCUGCUAGACACAAAUUUAAAUCCCCUCAGGUACGAGUACAAAGAAAUCAAGAAGAUGACAGGAGGUUUCAGAGUAAAACUGGGCCAAGGAGGCUUUGGCUCAGUCUACAAAGGAAAGCUCAGAAGUGGCCCCGAUGUCGCGGUGAAGAUGCUGAGCAAAUCUGAUGGCGACGGACAAGACUUUAUCAAUGAAGUUGCAACAAUUGGAAGAAUACAUCAUGUGAACGUGGUGCGUCUAGUUGGUUAUUGUGUUGAAGGGAAAAAGCGUGCUCUGAUUUAUGAAUUCAUGCCUAAUGGGUCAUUGGACAAAUACAUUUUCUCUAAAGAAGGAAGUGACCCUUUAAGUUAUGAUAAAAUAUACGAAAUCUCCCUUGGAAUCGCGCGUGGGAUAGCGUAUCUACAUCAAGGUUGUGAUAUGCAAAUUCUUCAUUUUGACAUCAAGCCUCAUAAUAUCCUUCUAGAUGACAACUUCAUUCCGAAGGUUUCGGAUUUUGGACUUGCAAAGCUAUACUCUGCCAAUGAUAGCAUUGUCCCUUUAACUGCAGCAAGGGGAACCUUGGGUUACAUGGCUCCGGAGUUGUUCUAUAAAAAUAUUGGAGGAGUAUCUUAUAAAGCAGAUGUUUAUAGCUUUGGCAUGCUUUUGAUGGAAAUGGCAAGUAGGAGGAAAAAUUCAAAUCCACAUGCAGAGCAUUCUAGCCAAGUUUACUUCCCCUUUUGGGUCUAUGAUCAGUUUAAAGAAGUGAAAGAUAUUGAAUUAGAGGAUGCCUCUGAAGAGGAAAUGAUUCUAGCAAAAAGAAUGUUCAUGGUUUCACUUUGGUGUAUUCAGUUCAAACCAAGUGAUCGUCCUUCAAUGAACAAGGUAGUCGAGAUGCUUGAAGGGAAGGCCGAAACUCUUGAAAUGCCUCCAAGACCUACGUUUUAUCAAAAUCAAACAGUGAAUCCUGAUGAUGGGAAUGGAAUCAACUCGGACCAAACCUCAUGGAGUGAUUCAACUUCGUCUGAUAGUUACAAUCUUGGCGAAUCAUUCAAUGGAGACUUCUCCCAGCUCAGGAAAUGGUUUUUGAAAUCUGUGGUGGAUAUGAACUUCUGCAAAGAACCAUUUGCAUAUUCACAGAGUAUUGGCAUUAAUCUAUGGAAAAUGAUGGUCAACACUCAACAAUAUGCUCAGGAAUAUGCUUCUUCUGUAUCAACAUUCUGUCUAUUUCACAUUUUUGCAAAUCACAUGAAACAAAUUCAAGAUUGCAAUGCAAAUGUCAUAGAUAUAGAUGCGAAAAACAAACGUGCUACUUGCCUUAUCACCAUUAGGAACGCAGAGAGUAGGAUCAUAAGUAAUUUUAAGACCACCAAAUCUUUGAUACCAUGGAUUUUUCUGAGUCUCUAUUUUCCCAUGUCUUGGAGAAGGUUUCUCCUUAAUGUAACCCUUCUUGUGGUCCUUGUAUACCCACUUCCUUGCCUAACAGAGAGAAAUCACCAAUGUCCCCUUUCAUCUUGUGGCAAUAUACAAAAUAUCAGUUACCCUUUUCGGCUACAAGCUGAUCCUCAAAACUGUGGAGACCCCAGAUAUGAACUUGUAUGUGAGAACAAUCAAACAGUGCUAAAUUUAUACAAUGGAAAAUAUUCUGUUCAGACCAUCAACUACAAUAAUUCCACAAUAAGGGUCACAGAUUUGGGUAUCAGAAAAGACAAUUGCUCUUCCAUUCCUCUCUACACUUUAACGCAUGACAACUUCAGCUCUGGACAACCUUUUAGCUUGUUGGGUGGCAGUAACUUGGAUGUCAUAGCAUUUAUGAGCUGUGAAGUCCCAAUUAUAUCCCCUCUCUACAUUGAUAUUGCAGCUUGUACCAAAAGCUCCAGCUCCUCUAUUUCUUCUUUCACUCCAAAUAAGUACAACUUUGCUGUACAUGGGGAUUUGAAGAUCUCUGAGUUGGAGGCGUCAUGCAGCGUACUUGUUAUGGUUAUGACUUCAAAUUUCAGCAGAGAUGACCUGAACCUUUCAUAUUCAAAUCUCCACCAGAACCUGGUUGAUGGGCUACAGCUUUCUUGGGGAAAUAUAACCUGCCAUGAGUGCGAAGAACGGGGCUAUGGUCUUCACAAAUUUGGCGUUAUCAUUGGAGUUAUCGUUCUCAUAAGAAUCACAGGUGGAGUACUAUUUAUCUUUAUGUACACGGUAUAUAAGUGGCAAAGGAGGCAUUUAUCUGCGUACGACUCAGUUGAAGAGUUCCUCAAAACUCACAACAAUCUCAUGCCAAUUAGGUACUCCUACUCCGAGAUUAAAAAGAUCACUAAAGGGUUCAAGGAUAAACUUGGUGAGGGAGGCUAUGGCUCUGUUUACAAAGGAACACUUCGCAACGGACAUCUCGUAGCAAUCAAGAUGCUAGGUGGAAAGUCCAGAGCAAAUGGUCAAGAAUUCAUCAAUGAAGUUGCCACUAUUGGAACAAUUCACCAUGUGAACGUGGUGCACCUCAUUGGCUUCUGCGUUGAGAAAUCAAAAAGAGCUCUUGUCUAUGAAUUCAUGCCCAAUGGUUCCCUUGACAAGCACAUUUUUUCACGAGAAGCAACAAUCGCCUUGAGCUGGGAGAAAAUGUUUGACAUCGCUCUUGGUGUGGCUCGCGGUAUUGAAUAUCUACAUCGAGGGUGUGACAUGAGGAUCUUGCACUUCGACAUUAAGCCUCAUAAUAUUCUUCUUGAUGAGAACUUCACUCCAAAAGUUUCGGAUUUUGGGCUGGCAAAGCUCUACCCAACUGAUAACAGCAUUGUGACCCUCACAGCUGCAAGAGGAACCAUGGGGUACAUGGCACCUGAGUUGUUCUACAAGAACAUUGGAGGCGUUUCAUACAAGGCAGAUGUUUAUAGCUUUGGAAUGUUGUUGAUGGAAAUGGCGAGCAGGAGAAAGAACAUGAACGAGCGCGUGGAUCGUCCAAGCCAGGUUUAUUUUCCUUCUUGGGUUUACCAGCAAUUCAGUGAAGGGAAGGAAAUAGAAAUGGGGAUAAAUGCUGUAGAGGAGGACAGGACAAUUCUGAAGAAGAUGAUAUUAGUUGCUUUGUGGUGCAUACAGAUGAAGCCUAGUGAUCGACCUUCAAUGAACAGAGUGGUUGAGUUGCUUGAAGGAGAUGUUGAGUUGCUUGAAAUGCCUCCCAAGCCAUUUCAAACUCCAAAGGGAAUGUCAGUACAAGGAGGCAUUGGAAAUUUCAGAAAUCUACCUUGGUUGCCACCACCUGGGGACUCUUCAAACUCACUAACCAUAGUUAUAAAUCAACGUUAAGAUAUUUAGUACUAAAUUUAUUGUAAUAUUAUUCUUCUCUGUUUGGUUUAUGAUUAAGCACUAGUAACUAAAUUUGUACCAGAGAAUUAUUGAUCAAGAGGGGGUUUAAAUGUGUUUUUCUUUCUCA